AUGUCUUUGGGAGAUUUCCUUUUUCAACCAAAAUCACAUGUGCCUGCCAUUGCUUUUUCCUCUAAAGACGUGGUUGCAGUGUUCCCCAGAGAGCUCCUAAGUUGUAUCAACAAAAAUCUUGAACAAGCUCGACAAGAUGAUGCAGCAGGUUCCUGGGCAAAGUUGUGCAUCUACAGAGUCCCCCACUACCUGCGAGAAGGGGAUGACAAGGCUUAUGUUCCUCAGCUUGUCUCCUUGGCGUCUCACCACCAUGGGAAGAACCGCCUACGCCAAAUGGAUCGCCAUAAGUGGCGUUCUCUACACCAUGUACUCAAGCGUACUAAUAAGGACAUAAAACUGUUCCUUGAUUCUAUCAGAGAACUUGAAGAGAAAGCUCAUUCCUGUUACGAGGUUUCCAUCGCUGUUAACAGCAAUGAAUUUGUGGAAAUGAUGGUUCUUGAUGGUUGUUUUGUGCUUGAACUUGCUGCUGAGGGAUUCAAGCAACUUGGUAAUGCCGGAAAUGAUCCCGUUUAUAUUUUUAAAAUCAAAUAA